GAAUCUAUCCCCUGCAAUUUCAAAGCCACAUAUCAAACACAAUUUGGGUUUCGUAAUCAACCCAGAACUUCUCUGAUUCAAAAACGAAUAUAGAACUUUGGUUUCAUUCGGCUCCAUUAUGCAAUAUGGGUACAUUCAAAAUGAAAAAAAAAAAACAGAGGGACGGAACCCAGAUCUGGGUUCCACGAGGAACCCAGAUCUGGGUCGUGGAACCCAGGAACCCAAAUCUGGGUUCCAUGCGGGGAACCCAGAAGCUGGGUUCCGCGAUGAUGAAGGGGAGGGGAAGAAGAUGGUGAUUGGGUUCCGCGAUGAUGAAGGGGAGGGGAAGAAGAUGGUGAUUGGGUUCCGCGAUGAUGAAGGGGAGGGGAAGAAGAUGGUGAUUUCAUGAUGCCAUGAUGCUGAAGAUGAAGAUAAGGCCGAGGAUAAGGAUGAGGAGAACGAAGAUCAAAGAAGAAGAACAGGGAGAAAUUAAGGGUGAAAUUAAAG